GUGUUCUCUGAGCCCGCUCCCUUGCCCUCUCGGCCGCCGCUAACGCGGCUCAAGCGCAGUUUUGGCGGCGCCCCAGAUCCAUGGGUGUCUUUUUUGGUUUUUGGCUUCUCCCAGGCAGUCAGCGUUAUUCUCGGGCCCCUCGCCGAGCGGGCCUUCGCGUGCUCGGUCCAGUCGGAGGUGCUUGGCGGGCCAUCUUGAAUCUGCGGAUAUUGCUUCCUGCUGGGCUCCGUGACAGGGGCCCUCACCGUGCUGCCGGUGCUGAAGUGCGGCGGACGCGACUUUGAGCGUGGCCGACUCCCUCGACGUUCAGCACCUGAGCAUCGGCCGCUAGAUCCAGGUGAAGCACGAGGAGGAUCCCCAGCGCCUGGAUGAGGAGGAUCGUGCUCGCAGAAUGCUCGCGGGCCACCUACUCACGCAUGAUGGGCGGGGACCCGCGCACGGGCGCGGUCGCGAUCUGCUGGGCCAUGACUCCGGAUUUCGACGUUUAUCCCGAGGAGCUGGCCGCCACGCCACUGCGCGCGCUAAUGGGCGCUCGGCCGGGCGGCCCGGCGGUCGUGGAAUCGGGUCUCGGCCGUCUCGCGCGCUUGAACCGGGCGCGCGGGUUCUCGCCUCCGCCGACGCCCGCGGCGCUCGCCGAUGCGAUGCGCGCCUGUCGGGGUCGGGUGGAGAACCGGGUUGGGGCUUCUCCUCGGCGUCUUCCUCCUCGCGAGCACCGCGCCGCCGCAGCUGGGGGGGCGCCGACGCGGCGGUCGCGCCUCCACCUCCCCCCGCCGGCCCCAUCGGGCCAAGCGGGGCCGAUCGGCCUGCCCUCGGCGCGGAGGAGUCGGAGGUGUUGGACUUCGCCAGGCAGGUUUCUCCGAGCCGUGGCGCGAGGGUUCUGCCCGGUGCGAAGGGCUCCUGGCGCCCCGCGUCGGCGACGGGCCUCUGUGGCUCUGGUUUCGCAGGCGAGGGCUCGGAUAAUUACCUGCGCGCCCCUGGCGCGGCGGCGGUCUGCCGCGAAGGGGCCGCCGUCGCGCCGGUGGACUUCGAGGGCAGCGACGACGCCGACUCGCUCGAGCUGGGCGCCCAGAUCCCCGAGAUCUCGCGGGACAAGCUUGGGAAGAGGCACAGGGGGGCGAAGCAGGCCAUCGACUCAUGCAGGGGGCGGUCUGGGACAACUGGCCCCUCGCGGGGCCCCGCGCGGUCACCCGGUGCCUCGCGUUCACCUUUUCAGACGAAAUGUGCGUCCGAGAGCUGGUCGCGCGCGGCGUAGGCACGCCUGCAGAUUAACGAGUGGCGACCCCGGAGUGUCUGACCAUGAGACGGCCAUGGAGGGCCUGGAGUACAUGCUGACCUUCGAUCAGCUGAAUGCGCCUGAGCCGCUGGUGACCGAGCUCUUCAUGAGGCGUGCGCAGCUGGCGGAGUUCUGCGGCCGCCACCACCCCCUUCGCCCCGACGACUUCGGCGACGACCUUGCCAGCGGCGAGUUCUUGCACCUCGGCCUCGGCGAGGCGCGGGGCUAGAUCGCGCUGCGCCCGGCCCUCGAGGAGCAGGUGGCCGCCGAGCUCCACCGCGAGAGCGCGUGGCCAAGGAGCGCCGCGAGCUCCGGGAGGAGCGGCAGCUGUCGCGCUCGCAGCCGUCGGCGGCGCCCAGUCAGGCCGCCUUCCCGGAGGGUCUCGCGGGCGCCGCGCGCCAGGCUGGGCGGGGCGCCGCCGGGGCAGAGGCCAAGGCGAAGUCCAGGGGCGCCAAGGCGAAGCGGGCAACGGCGGCCCAGGGCGCCGCCCAGGGGCCGCGACCUCUCGGGGGUCGGCCCGCCCGCCCGACCCGUGGACUCAGGACUGCUGCUGGCGGCGCGGGGGCUGUCUCCGAUGCCGCCGCCAUCUGGCGUCGCGUCGCAAGACAAUUAAGAUCUUUCUGGCCCAUCACGAUUAGUGCGACGCCAGCUGCGCGCCAUGGCGCAUUGACAAGCAGCAGUGAAUUCAACAGUGGGCAGCAUCAACGACUUGCACGGUGCGCGGCCUCAGCCAGGAGUUGCGCUCGGGCUUUCGCGGGCCCGGGCCGAGGCCCAUGGCGUUCUGGCCGACAUCUUCCGAGCGGUGCCGCCUCCACCUUGCGCGGCCGCGGAAGCUUUCAGAGAACUUUUCGGCGCCGGAGCGGGCUAUUAUGACGCUGAUCCCCGCCUUGUCUUCCAGCGCGAUUUGAUUUCGUCGCCCUCCCAGGGCGGCAUUGCCGACGGAGCUCAGUCUAGAGUCCAAAAUGCAAACACACACAUAGAAAAACAACUGAUG